AUGGCAACCCCUAGUGUCCUCGCUUUUGACGCUGAGGGUCGGGCCAUUGACUUUGACGUCUGGGUAGAUGACCUGCAGCUUUUCCUACAGUGCGAUAGGGCAGACGGUCUCUCCCUCUUUGACCUCACCUCUGGUGCCUCUCUUGCCCCUGCUGCUGAUGCUGACGCCACUGUUCGCUCACAGUGGGCCACACGCGAUGCUGCUGCACGUCUUGCUGUGCGUCGCCACCUGCCUACCUCUGAGCUCACUCGCCUCCUUGACUCCCUUCGUGUAGUCAGGGACCACUUCCUCUCAGUUUGCCCCACCACUCUCACCGUUGUUGACCUCCUCGAGAAGGCCCUCCUAGCAGCGGAGAAGAGCAUAGUCGCUGUAGGAGCCUCUCGUGGUGAACCUCGCACCCCCAUCUUAGAGGGGUGUUCCCCCUCCCCCCUUUUGCCCUCUGUUGCCUCUGCUGCUGCGGCCGACCUCGUUGGGCUUGACUCGAUCGGUGCGGCGUCUACCCCUAGCGAGAGACGCCGCCCUGGCAAGGGCAAGGGGGGCAGGGGCGCUGGAGGAGCUAGCGGGGGCGGUGGAGGCGGCGGUGGAGGCGGCGGAGGGAGUGGGGGUGGCGGUGGGGGUGGUGGCGGGGGUGGAGGUGUCGGUGGCGGCAGUGGAGGCGGAGGAGGCGGCGGUGGCGGUGGGAGCGGAGGUGGUGGCGGAGGUGGCGGCGGUGGAGGAGGCGGUGGCGGAGGAGGUGGAGCUGGUCGGGGUGGCGCUGCGCAGAGGGUCGGCUCCGGUGGAGGUCAGCGCCAGCAGCAGCAGCAGCAGCGCACUCGUGACAUCCCCUCCCCACAGCAGCUCCGUGAGUGGUACACUGCACGCCAGCGGGGUGGGAUUACUGGUCCGUGCACCUACGUCCUACGCACCGGCGACCGCGCGGGUGAGCAGUGCGGGGGUGCGCACUCCACCCAGCGCUGCUUUGGCCGCCUGACGGACGCUUGGCGUCACCAGUUCCCUGAGGCCACGGAGAUCCCCCGCUGGGGUGAGCUGUCUAGGGCGGGAGUAGCUGUCUUUGACCUUGACUUUGAUGCUAUUCUUGCUGCCAUGUAUGCUGUGACUAUUAGUGAUGAGGGUGACUGUUACCGGUGUUUUCCGCCCGACCCGGGCAUUGAGACUGCUGCUCUAGGUACUGGUGAGGCUGCUGCUCUAGGUGCUAGCAAGGCUGCUGCUCUAGGUGCUCGUGCGUCUGCUCCCUCAGGUGCUGGUGAGUCUGCUCUCUCAGGUACUGCGUCGGCUUCGGCCUCCCACACCUUCACCCUUGACUCGGGGGCUUCUCGCUCCUUCUUUCGAGACCGCACCACACUCACGCCGCUCGGCCGGCCAGUUGCAAUCUCUCUGGCAGACCCCUCUGGGGGUCCUGUCCUUGCUCACUUCUCCACUAUCCUCCCGUGUCCGGCGGCCCCCUCUGGCACCCUGUCUGGUCUUUACCUCCCCUCGUUCUCUACGAACUUGGUGAGUGGUGCUGACCUUCAGGAUGCGGGGGUUCACCAGUUCACUCCUGCUAGUCAGCGGGUGACACACUGCACGGACGCUCGGACAGGCCGACACCUGGCCACGUUUACACGUCGGCCGGGGUCGAGCCUGUACACACUGACCACUGCGUCUCCUCCAAUCACUGCGUCUAGUCAAGUAGCUGCGUCGGGUCAGGUGUUUGCUGCAGCGUCCAGGUCUGGUCCUGAGUCUGCCCCCUGCUCGUGUCGCCUCCUGUCUCACGAGACUCUCCUCUGGCACCACCGCCUUGGUCACCCCUCCCUGCUUCGUCUCCGAUGGCCUCCCGUGUCCUUGUCUCUGGUCUUCCCCGGUCCCUCCCUCCCCUUCCUCCGGGGCCUGGCCCUACCUGCGUCCCCUACGCUUCACAUGGACGUGUGGGGCCCGGCCCGCUUCCGUGGACAGGGUCACGAGCGCUACUUCCUGCUGGUGGUUGACGACUACUCGCGUUACACCACAGUCUUCCCCUUGCGCAGCAAGGGUGAUGUCACUGAGGUGUUGAUCGACUGGAUCCGCGCAGCUUGUCUCCAGCUCAGGCAGAGCUUCGGCUCGGACUUUCCUGUUCUGCGUCUGCACUCUGACAGAGGCAGAGAGUUGUCCUCUGGCCUUCUGCGAGCCUACUGUCGUGCACGAGGCAUCCGCCAGACCUUCACGCUUCCGGACUCUCCACAGCAAAAUGGGAUUGCUGAGCGCCGCAUUGGCAUGGUCAUGGACGUCGCCCGUACGUCCAUGAUGCAUGCGGCUGCCCCCCAUUUUCUGUGGCCGUUUGCGGUUCGGUACGCGGCGCAUCAGAUCAACCUUCACCCCAGGGUCUCCAUGCCGGAGACCUCCCCAGCUUUGCUGUGGACGGGGAAGGUUGGCGAUGCGUCUGCGUUCCGUGUCUGGGGAUCUCGGGCGUUUGUUCGCGACUUGUCUGCGGACAAGCUGUCCCCUCGUGCUGCUCCUUGCGUCUUCCUUGGCUUCCCCCCUGACGCGCUAGGGUGGCAGUUCUACCACCCCACCUCUCGCCGUGUUCUGUCCUCCCAGGACGUCACGUUUGACGAGUCGGUCCCCUACUAUCGCCUCUUCCUCUACCGCACUCUGUCCCUCCCACCGCCGCCGCUCUUCCUUUUACCAGUCGAGCCUGUCGAGGUUACUGGUGACUCUGGUGCUGCUGAGGGUGCUGAGCCUGGGGGUGCUGACUCUGGGGGUGCUGAGCGUGUGGGUGCUACGCCUGGGGGUGCUGAGCCUGAGGGUGCUACUUCUGGGGGUGCUGAGCCUGGAGGUGCUGAGCCUGGGGGUGCGGAGCCUGAGGGAGCUGGGCUUGCUCGUGUGGCGUGUGGCGGUGCUGGGCUUGGAGGUUCUCCGGGUGCUUCAUCUCGACGGGAGCCACUCUCUCCACAAGAGCUGCACAAGUGGUUUGCCCGGCUCUGGAGGCGUGCUGCUGGAGCUGGAGGUUCUUCGGCUGUUGAGGGUGCUGGUGCCGCGGGUCCCGGAGGUGCUCGUACUGGGAGUACUGGAGCUGCUAGGCCUGCGGGUACUUUUGGAGUUGGAGCUGCUGAAGGUGUUGGCGCUGAGGCUACUGCUGUCGGUCGUGGAGGAGGUCUAGCUGGGGGUGCUACUGGUGCUGCAGGAGGUACUGGAGCUGGAGGUGCUGCUGGCGCUGGUGCUGCCUCUGGGGGUACUGGUGCUGUCCGUGCUGUGUCUAGAGUCGCCGCGCGGCCUCGGUCGUACUUCGUUCCGCUCCUUCAGCAGGUGCUUGGUCUCCCGCCUUCUACUGGUCCUCCUCCCUUAGAGUGCCCACAGCCUGUCCCAUCACAGUCACAGUUACAGCCGGCCUCCCCACUGCCUGCUCCAUCUCCCUACACUGGUCCUACUGGAGCGUCCUCCUCCUGUGCCUGGCACGCACCGGAUGUCUCUCCUCCUCUACGUGCCCCUUUGCCUUUUCCUCAGUCCUCGCUUCCUGCUCUUGCCAACCCGGAGUCGGACACUCUUCGUGCUGCCACUCCUACUGUCACGCGUCUCCUUGCUACUCUCGUCACUGACCCUUCCUUUGAGUCCACUGCUGCGUCUGCCCUAGUUUCUGAGCUCGUCGACUUCGCUGCUCGCUGUCGUCUAGACUACGCUGCUAGUCUUGUCGCUGAGUUUGAGUCUCUCUAUCCUCCGUCCGUCGGGGGUGAGUGUGCCCUUGGCACGGACGUCCUUGAGGACAGGCAGGAGGAGUUCCAGUGUUUGGCUGCUGCUUCACCUCAUCUCGUGUCCGUACUGCUUACCCCUGAGGGAGACCUGGAUGCACUUGACAUCCCGACUCCGCGCUCUUAUGCAAAGGCGAUAGAGGGUCCCUACUCCUCUCAGUGGCAGGCAGCUAUGGAUGCAGAGAUGGCUUCCUGGAAGUCCACAGGCACCUACGUUGACGAGGUUCCCCUGCCUGGGGCGAACAUCGUCACUGGCAUGUGGAUUUUCAGGGUGAAGCGGCCGCCGGGUUCUCCGCCUGUCUUCAAGGCGCGUUACGUGGCUCAUGGCUUCAGUGAGCGGCAGGGAGUUGACUACUUUCAGACCUUCUCUCCCACCCCGAAGACGACCACUCUUCGGGUACUGCUGCACAUAGCUGCUCACCGUGACUACAAGCAGCACUCUCUUGACUUCAGCACUGCUUUCUUGCAGGGCAGCCUGCACGAGGAGAUAUGGCUGCGUCGCCCACCUGGUUUCACUGGGUCUUUUCCUCCUGGCACCCAGUGGAGCCUCCGGCGGCCAGUCUACGGUCUCCGCCAGGCACCGCGUGAGUGGCACGACACACUGAGGACUACACUUGCGGCUCUUGGGUUUGCUCCCUCUACUGCUGACCCGUCGCUGUUUCUACGCACCGACACCUCUCUACCGCCGUUCUACAUCCUCGUGUACAUCGACGACUUGGUCUUUGCCACAGCUGACACUGCUGGACUCGCCCACGUGAAGUCCGAGCUGCAGAAGAGACACACGUGCAUAGACCUGGGUGAACUGCGCAGCUACCUUGGCUUGCAGAUCACCCGGGACAGAGCACGCCGCACCAUUACCCUGACUCAGUCACACAUGGUGCAGCAGGUCCUUCAGCGCUUCGGCUUCACGUACUCCUCGCCUCAGGCCACUCCUCUGCCUACUCGCCACUCGCUCUCAACUCUGCCUUCGGAUGAGUCCGUAGAGUCGAGUGGCCCGUACCCAAAGCUUGUUGGCUGCCUCAUGUACCUGAUGACCUGCACACGACCUGACCUUACAUACCCUCUUAGCAUUCUCGCACGCUAUGUUGCUCCUCGGAGACACAGACCGGAGCACAUGGCUGCAGCGAAGAGGGUGUUGCGCUACUUGUGCAGUACGUCGGGCAUGGGGCUUGUGCUUGGAGGGCAGAGUCCAGUGGUCCUCACUGGGCACGCAGACGCUUCUUGGGCUGACGACCAGGCUACGCAGCGGUCGUCACAGGGUUACACCUUCAGCCUUGGUUCCGGCUCUGUUUCGUGGCGGGCUAUUCGCUCGUCUUCUGUUCUCGGCUCCAGUUGUGAGGCUGAGAUCUACGCAGGGGCCAUGGCUGCUCAGGAGCUUCGCUGGCUCACCUACCUGCUGACUGACCUUGGAGAGCCGCCUCGUUCUCUUCCAGUGCUGUACGUAGACAACAAGGCCAUGCUAGCCUUGUGUCAAGAGCAGAGACUGGAGCACAGAACGAAGCACAUUGCUCUCCGCUACUUCCUUGCUCAUGAGCUACAGCAGCGCGAUCAGCUUCGCCUUGCGUACGUGGCCUCUGAGGCCAACACUGCUGAUGUCUUCACCAAGGCACUUGCGCCUUGUGAUCAUCAGCGCUUCUGUACUCAGCUGGGUCUUGUGCCUGCCUUGCCUCACUUGCUCACCUCUUGA